CUCGCCGACGAUCCCCAGCGGUCCGGGCCCGGAGUGCAGCUCCAACGGCGCCAGUGCCUGCCAGCUCCAGUCCGCCUGGGCCGGACUGGGCCUCUCGCCUCCCGCGUCCCUCAUGGCGCUGCUCCGACGCCCGACGGUGUCCAGUGAUUUGGAGAAUAUAGACACAGGAGUUAAUGCUAAAGCUAAGAGUCAUGUGACUGUUAGGCGUGCUGUUUUAGAAGAAAUUGGAAAUAGAGUUACAACCAGAGCAGUACAAAUAGCUAAGAAAGCUCAGAACACUAAAAUACCAGUGCAACACCCCAAAGCUACAAAUGUCAGCAAACAACUGAAACCUACUGCUUCUGUGAAACCAGUUCAGAUGGAAAUGUUGGCUCCAAAGGGCCCUUCCCCCAUACCUGAGGAUGUCUCCAUGAAGGAAGAGAACCUCUGCCAAGCUUUCUCUGAUGCUUUGCUCUGCAAAAUCGAGGAUAUUGAUAAUGAAGACUGGGAGAACCCGCAGCUCUGCAGUGACUAUGUUAAGGAUAUUUACCAGUAUCUAAGGCAGCUUGAGGUUUUGCAGUCCAUAAACCCACAUUUCUUAGAUGGAAGAGACAUAAAUGGACGUAUGCGUGCUAUCCUGGUUGACUGGCUCGUGCAAGUGCACUCCAAGUUCAGGCUCCUGCAGGAAACCCUGUAUAUGUGCGUCGCCAUCAUGGAUAGGUUUUUACAGGUUCAGCCAGUCUCCCGCAAGAAGCUUCAGCUAGUUGGGAUAACUGCUCUGCUAUUGGCUUCCAAGUACGAGGAGAUGUUUUCUCCAAAUAUUGAAGACUUCGUUUAUAUCACAGACAAUGCUUAUACCAGUUCUCAAAUCCGAGAAAUGGAAACUCUAAUUUUGAAAGAACUGAAAUUUGAACUGGGUCGACCCUUGCCCUUACACUUCUUAAGACGAGCAUCAAAAGCAGGCGAGGUCGAUGUGGAACAGCAUACUUUGGCCAAAUACUUGAUGGAGCUGACUCUCAUUGAUUACGACAUGGUGCAUUAUCACCCUUCUAAGGUAGCGGCGGCUGCUUCCUGCUUGUCUCAGAAGGUUCUAGGCCAAGGAAAAUGGAAUUUAAAGCAGCAGUAUUACACAGGGUACACCGAGAACGAGGUGCUGGAAGUCAUGCAGCACAUGGCCAAAAAUGUGGUGAAAGUAAAUGAAAACUUAACUAAAUUCAUCGCCAUCAAGAAUAAGUAUGCAAGCAGCAAACUCCUGAAGAUCAGCACGAUCCCUCAGCUGAACUCAAAAGCCAUCAAGGACCUUGCCUCCCCUCUCAUGGGAAGGGCCUAGGCUGCUGCAGCUUCAUCCAUGCACUUUUUCUAACUGGUUCAGAACUCUUGGUUUUGUACAUAAUCGACCAGCCUACUUCAUGAAACGUCUUCUCAGACCGAUUUUCUAAGUAUAUUGAGGAAAAAUAAAGCUAUUGAUUUUUCUU